UUUUGAAAUUGCCAGCUCGAGAUGGCAGCGCCGACGCCGUCCGGAGGAUGGCGCGAAGAGAUCACAGAGGAGAACCGAAAGGGGAUGAUCACGGACAUGUACCACGAGUUGCUACGCAUCUCGGGUGAAAACGACAAGCAGAAGGUGUGGCGGUCAGCUGCCAAGUUUGAAUUGAUGUUGUGGUUGCAGUCAACAGAUCAGAUGACGUAUAUGUCAAAGCUGCAGAAAAAAAUUGCGAGUCUGAAAAAGAAGGUCCAAUCCGAGACUGCAGGAGUUCCCCAGCAAACUCCAGCCCAACAGCAGCAGCAACAACAACAGCAGGCCCAGAUGAAUUCCCAAGCGCAGGCACAAAUGGCUGCUGCCGCUGGAAUGUUUCAGAACCCAGUUAACAUGGCGAACGCCGCUGGGAUGGCCAAUGCGACCAACGCCGCAGCGAUCCAGCAGUACAACCAAACUUUGUUCCUCCAGCAACAAGCGGAGCUUUUGAAAAAACAGCAAGAACAGCACCGCUUGAAUACCCUUGCCCGCCAGCAACAAGCCCAACAGGCUGUCGCAGCUGCUCAAGCUGCCGCAGCCGCGCAAGCAACCCAAGCCGCUCAAGUUGCCGCCCAGGCCGCAGCCGCCGCGGCUGCAACGACUGCAAACACUUCAGCAUCGGCCCCUGGUCCCACAACCACAAAUCCAUUGGCUACCCAGCAACAGCCCCAAGUGCUGAUGCAGUUGCAGCAACAAUACCAGCAGCAAAAGUCGGCGCUGACGACGGCCCAGCACAACGAGAUGCAAAGGCUGCGGCAGGCCCAACUGCUCCAGCAAAACCAAGUGUCAACACAGCAGCACCAGAACAACGUGCCACAGGAAGCGCGCGUGAAUCAAAUGACACAACUCCAGCAGCAGCACCUGAAUGCACGCAACAAGCUCUCAGCCGAGCACAAGGCCAAGCAGGCGCAGCUCCUACGGCAACACCAACAGACUUUUUUGCAGCAAAAGGCACUGCUCGGGCACACCACGAUGUCUGCGGCGGCGGCCAAUAACGCGAACGCGUCGGCGUCCUCAGGCACUGCUGCAAACAAUUCGGCAACCAUGAACGCAAAUGCGAUGAACACGGCAGCGGCGAUGCAGCAAGCCGCCGCGAUUGCCGCACAGACAAACAAUCAAGUCACCGCUGCGCAAGCGCUGGCGGCGCAAAAGUUCCAGCAGCAGCAACGCGCCCUGUCCCGUCAAAACUCGCUGACAUCAACGACACCCGGACCAACCGCGUCGACCGCUUCGACACCACCUGUCCCUGCCGCAAACGCCGCUGGGCAAUUGGCCACAGCGGCGUCUGGCGACGCCUUGAGCUACGGCGACAAGCUCAAGCAGCUCAAGACCAAGUACUGGGAAGAUCUCGUCGUGGUUUGCCGUGAAUUCACCCGCAUGGCGAUGCAAAAACCGGCGGGAGAGUCCCAACAGGCGUUGCAACAACAAGAACGCAUUAAAAACUUUUUGCAAAACCUCAAGCGCAUCAUGACGUUGCUCAACCAAGACCCGACCAAGCUCACGAGUAACAACCGAAAUGACCUGGACCGCGUCGAACAGCACAUUGAGCGCCAGGUGAUGCCGAUUUUGUCUCGAUUGAAGUCGGACAAGGCCAAGCAGCGAGAAGUACGUGGCAAACAGGAUGCGUUCGCCGAAGGUGACAGUAUGUCGAUAGGACCCGGCUAAGACGGAAACGCCAGUGACACCGGCACCGACCGCUGGCCCAACCCCGGCGGACCUCCAGCGACAAACGGUGCUCAUGCAGCAAGCAGCGCAGCUCGAGCUGCAACGGCAGAACCACCUUGCCCAGGUGAGAGAGCACGCGAUCGAUGGGCAAAUGACAGCAUGUGGGCGAGUGGUUUUGAAUUUGAAUCGAACGCACGAACUCGUUUGACGUUCUGCACACAUUGGAGCGUUGUGUUUCAGUUUUGUGGUGCAUUCUCAACAUGCCGGCGACUACCGAUCGUGAUGGCAUCGGUUGUUGUAGCAAAAAGCGGCCCAGGAAGCGUUGGUGAAGGCACAAAAAGCAGAGCUGAUCAAAGUGGAAGCAGAGAAACAGCAAGCUGUGGCGGCAGCUGCGGCGGCCGCCGCCGCAGACCAAGAGCGUAAGGUCAAAGAGGAAGAGGUCAAGAAAGAAGCGUCGAUGGCCGAGUUGCUCAAACGACAACAACAAAUGCAAGCGGCGCAGUUGGCCGCCGCCGCUGCCCAACAAACAGGGCCGCCCAUCAAGCUGACUGAAGCCCAAAAGGUGGCGUUGCAAGAACAAGCCAAUAAGUUUCGCCUGCAGCAACAAGAAGUUCUCAACCAGCAGACCCGCGCCAAGAGCCCCGCGAGCCAGACCAAGCUAGCGCAGCAAGCGCAUUUGUACGGCGUGCACAUCGCCAAGAUCACACAGCAGCUGCUCCAGGCCAAGUUGGCGGAGGAAAAGGACAAGAAGGACGAGAUAGUGUCGAUCGUGUCGAUCAACUCGGCACUGAACGCGUCCGAGAACUUUCUCAACGUGAUCACAGCCUUUGCAAAAGACAAGCCCGACGUGCUCGAAAAAGCCGCCCCCACGUUCGCGGGACUGAGUCAAGCACUCGGAACAAAGCUGACGACGUCGUUCUUUUCGUCCUCGUGACGGGAUUGUCAUAAAACACGUGAGUCCCUACCAUUGCACCACGGUUGUCUUUGCCGUGUUUUCGCGGAACGACCGAGUCAAGAGGGGAAUCCCUUGGAGACGGGGGGCCGUGCCAGAUCCUUCUCUGCAACGAAGGCGCAUCCUCUCG